AUGAGUUCUACGUUAGGCCAUGGAAGCGGUCCUUCUGGGCGCAUAGAACGACUUCGUCGAGUGGUGACUGCUUUAAUGAGAUAUGAACGACUGGAAUCCCAUUACUAUUGUUUAGAUGAAGCCAGGGGCUAUGCAGAGAGGAUUAUACAUUUAGCAGUCAGAAAUGGUGAUUCUGACAAAAUGACUAUGGAAACAGCUAAUUACUGGCUCUUGGAAAAAGACUUGGUACAAAAACUUUUCAAUGUUCUGGCACCACGUUAUAGUAACUAUACAACCUCGUUUACUCAGAUGCAUGUACUGCCAUGUGCUUAUCCUGGACCUGGAGGUACCCUUGGAAUUCUUGAGCUGAAAGGAAACCCAUGGCCAUCAGUUCUACCAAAAGAAAGAAACACUAAAAGAGAAAGACUAAUCUAUUUAUCUAUCUGUUAUCUCAUAGUUAAGAACAUUUGUUUUGUUUUUUUUUUUUCUCCCUUCCUUCCUUUUCCUUUCAUUCUAUCUACUUCAUGUAUGCAUGUGAGUGAAUGA